AUGCUGGAUCCCAGCAAGAUUGGUACGGUAAAACCAAAAAAAGAGAGGCCAACAAAGCAAGAGAGGGAGGCUGAGAUAGAAGCUGCCCUUGAAGCUGCUAAGGGCAUGAAACUGAAGAAAAAGACAGAAGGAAGAAACAAGCCAGGUAAAAGGAUACAGAAAAAGCAAGAGGCAGUUGCUAGGGUGAAGAGGCCCUACUUGGAGCAGAAAAUUCAAGAGGAAAACAUAUCUAGAUAG